UGGUGAGAUAUGUGUAUCGGAUUCUGCGCAGAGUCAAGGCGACUUGAACACUCCCAAAACUUCAUAGCAUUACGUAGUCAUGCGGUUCUGUGUAUAGAGAGAGAGAGAGAGAGAGAGAGAGAGAGAGAGAGAGAGAGACUCACACACACACACACACACACACACAGGUGGCUUGUAUAAAGCAGGUGAUCCGUUUGACUUUGUUUCGGUAUUAAUGCAUAGUACAUUUGUCUAAUUUGAUGAUAGACUGAUAGACACAGGACUGAUAAAGCUCAAGUUUGCAUCCAUCGUGGACUGAGACACCCUGAAGUCUUGCAUCUGAUUGUAUCUGAAGAGCAUCUUCAUCUAGAAAUAUGCGUGCACACUUGAUUGGCACGAUUUGCAGUCCAUGUGCGCAGAGAGGUUGUUUAAUCUCUGCAUGAUGUCCUUUACUGAGCACGGCGGGUUCAAACAUGGCGGAGUUGGAUGGUGGGGAACUCUCUGCGAGUCGUUCACAGAGCAGCAUGGCCAACAAUAAGAACAGCACCCUUCGCUGCACAUUCUCAGCUCCCAGUCACAGUAACUCACUUCUUAGGGGGCUUUCUGCACUGCGAGACCAAGGCCAGUUACUGGAUGUAGAACUCACAGUCAACAACGAAUGCUUCCAGGUGCACAAAGCAGUGCUGGCAUCCUGCAGUGACUACUUUAGAGCCAUGUUCACUGGUGGGAUGAAAGAAUCAAACCAAGCAACAAUUGAGCUUAAGGGCUUGUCUGCACGUGGCUUAAAACACAUCAUCGAUUUCGCCUAUAGCUCGGAGGUCACGCUCGACCUCGACUGCAUCCAGGAUGUGCUUGGGGCAGCGGUCUUCCUUCAGAUGGUGCCAGUUGUGGAGCUCUGUGAAGAGUUCCUGAAAUCAGCCAUGAGCGUCGAGACUUGUUUGAACAUCGGUCAGAUGGCUGCCGCCUUCAGCUUGUCCUCUCUGAAGGAAUCCGUGGACGCGUUCACGUUCCGUCACUUCCUGCAGAUUGCCGAAGAGGAGGAUUUCCUGCAUAUCCCCAUGGAACGGCUGGUGUUUUUCCUGCAGAGCAACAAGCUGAAGGGAUGUACCGAGAUUGAUUUGUUCCACGCGGCCAUCCGAUGGCUUCGGCACGAUGACUCGCGCCGUCCUGCAGCGAACGAGGUGCUGCGGCAUGUGCGCUUCCCGCUCAUGCGCUCCUCUGAGCUGGUGGACCGUGUGCAGACUGUGGACAUCAUGGUGGAGGAUGUGUUGUGCAGGCAGUACCUACUUGAGGCCUUUAAUUAUCAGAUACUUCCUUUUCGCCAGCACGAGAUGCAGUCCCCUCGCACCGUCAUUCGGUCAGAUGUUGUCUCGCUUAUUGCUUUCGGUGGCACACCGUACACUGACAAUGACCGUACAGUGAGCUCAAAGGUGUACUGCCUGGCUGAAAGCACGGCGAGGCAGUUCAAGGAGCUGACCGACAUGGAAUCAGGCUGCAGCCACGCCUGUGUUUCCGUUCUCGACAAUUUUGUUUACGUGGUGGGGGGCCAGCAUCUGCAGUACCGUAGCGGUGAAGGCGCUGUGGACAUCUGUUUCCGAUACGAUCCCCAUCUCAACCAGUGGUUGCGCAUCAGGCCGAUGCAGGAGAGCCGCAUUCAGUUCCAGCUCAACGUACUGCAAGGACAGCUGUAUGCCACCGGGGGGCGCAACAGAUCCGGCAGCCUUUCAUCUGUUGAAUGUUACUGCCCCAAGAAAAACGAAUGGACGUACGUGGAUUCGCUAAAGAGAAGGAUAUGGGGUCACGCAGGGGCAACAUGCGGAGAUAAACUUUAUAUCUCCGGGGGAUAUGGGGUUUCCGUGGAGGAUAAGAAGUCUCUUCAUUGCUAUGAUCCAGCCACAGACCAGUGGGAUUUCAAAUGCCCAAUGAAUGAGCCACGAGUGCUGCAUGCCAUGAUCAGUGUAAAUGAGCGUGUCUAUGCUCUUGGAGGAAGAAUGGACCACGUGGACCGCUGCUUCGACGUUCUUGCCGUGGAAUAUUACGUUCCGGAGACGGAUCAGUGGACCACGGUUAGUCCGAUGCGUGCAGGCCAGUCUGAGGCAGGCUGUUGCUUAUUGGACAGAAAGAUUUACGUUGUCGGAGGAUACAACUGGCAUCUGAAUAACGUCACGAGCAUCGUCCAAGUCUAUAACACCGAAAUGGACGAGUGGGAGAGGGAUCUGCACUUCCCAGAAUCCUUCGCUGGAAUUGCUUGUACACCUAUAAUACUGCCACAAACUGCCACACAGAGGUGACUUCCUUAGCUGGAAAAUGUGAGGUGAUAUUACACAAGGCUAUUUUUGUUUGUUUGUUUAUAUAUUUAAACCCCCGUUCCUUCAAAUAGUUGCAUUUUGGUUUGACAUGUUCGAGUAGAAAUCUGUUGAGUGACUGUAAACCUGCCGAGAGAGCCGAACUCAUGAUUAUAGUUCUCUUUCUGCUGAUGUAGGUGUCGAAUACUUGGCAUAUGCACAAUUCAUCAGCUGUUGUUUUGAAAGCCUAAAGCCUACAUGUAUUAGCGCUCUAAUAUGUACAUCCCCAUCCGUCUCGGAUGGGAUGGGCAAAACGGGCAGUGUACUUCACAAAAAGAAAGACCUCAACAAAAAGAAGAACCCUUGCAGAACACGCAGUCAUGGCUACAUUAAUGUUUUUCUAGAACUGUCUGAACCGCCAGGAGUACAGAAUUUUUUUGAGAGGACUGAGAGCCAAAGACGACUCCCUGAUGCUACAGGAUUUACAUUUAAGGCAUUUGGCAGAUGCACUUAUCCAGAAGGACCUCCAUACUGAGCAGUUGAGGGUCUUGCUCAAGGGCCCAGCAGUGGUUGACGGUGUUGGGAUUUGAACACGCAACCUUUCAAUCAGUAGUCCAGUGUUUUUAACCAUUGAGCUACCACUGCCCCUGGUCUUCAACAAUACACAAUCCCUUGUUCCAGACCUCACUUUAGCGCUCUAGUAUUAUGUUGUGCAUCAGUGAAUUGGUCUCAUAGUUAGUGUGUUUGGGCUUUUUUUAAAGAACUAUUUACAGUAAGGUUUAUAUAAACACCACUUCCUUAAAAUGUAUUGUUACUUACUUUGAAAUAAUAUAAUACACUUUUGCAGUUGCAUGGCAAUGUAGUGCAGUGCGUAGUGUUGUCACCUCACAGCUCCAAUUUCCCGAUUUCAAUUACUGUCUGUACGGGUUUCCUCUGGGUUCACCAGUUUCCUCCCAGCUCCUAAAAGCAUGACCAUGCUAAAUUUCCCCGAAGUGUGAAUGUGUGCAUGGUGCCUUGUGAUGGACUGGCAUCCCUUCCAGAGUGUAUUCUCACCUCAUGCCUAGUGGCUCCAGAUCCACUGCACUGUGGGUGUUUGCAUGUUCUCCCCGUGCUGCGGGGGUUUCCUCCGGGUACUCCGGUUUCCUCCCCCAGUCCAAAGACAUGCAUGGUAGGCUGAUUGGCAUGUCUAAAGUGUCCGUAGUGUAUGAAUGGGUGUGUGAGUGUGUAUGUGAUUGUGCCCUGCGAUGGAUUGGCACCCUGUCCAAGGGUGUACCCCGCCUUGUGCCUGAUGCUCCCUGGGAUAGGCUCCAGGUUCCCCGUGACUCUGAAAAGGAUAAAGCGGUAGAAGAUGGAUGGAUGGAUGGAUGGAUGGAUGGUUUUGGGUUGCCUUUAUAAAAUAGACCUGGCAACCCUGUCAAACAGAGCAUAAAUAAUCAAAGAACAGCAGUGGUGGUGAAAGAUGCACAAAUGCAUCAGAGAGAGUGGUUUUCUUUGUGAAAGAAAGUGAAGCGACCUAGUAAUUCAUGCUGCUGUUUUCACAAAUACAACACCCAAUUCCAAAAAAGUUGGGACGCUGUGUAAAAUGUAAAUAAUUUGCAAAUUUCAUAAACCCAUAUGUUAUUCACAAUAGAACACAUAAAACAUAUUGAAUGUUUAAACUGAGGAAAUGUACCAUUUUAAUGAAACAGCCGUUUCUUUUUACGAACACUUUUCCAGCCUUUGGUUGCACCGUUUUUGCCCCAACUUUUUUGAGACGUGCUGCGGCCAUCAAAUUCAAAAUGACCUUACUUUCUUUCUUAAAAUGGCCCUUUUCCUCAGUUUAAACAUUCGAUAUGUAUUCUGUGUUCUAUUGUGAAUGACAUACGGCUUUAUGAGAUUUGUAUAUCAUUCCUUUCUGUUUUUAUUUACAUUUUACACAGCAUCCCCACUUUUUUUGGAAUCCGGGUUGUACAAACAGACGGAUGAAUUAGGAAUCGAACAACGUCCUCUUGUGUCCACUGAUGCACGCAGCUAUCUAAUAUUUGGACCAAUCCCAAAGUGAUGUCUGAAACAAAAAUCAGUGUUUGGUUCUGUUUCCCAGCUUGCGCCCGUUCAAACAUUCUCACUCCGAAUAUUCCUUCUUGCUUUGACGCCUCUGUUUUUGUUUGAAACAUACCGCCGGUUUAAAGGCUUGCAAGACUUCAGAGAGUUGCUUUAUAAUGAUGGUUGAUGUACACCAUGCAGCGUCUCUGAAAACCUUCUUAAUGAAGUGACUUAGUGACUGGUUUAUCCUGAUUCUCCUUUAUAAAGAGAAGUGUUUACUGUUCUCCAAACCCUUUCUGCAAAGACAUCGUUAACAUAGAAAGCUCUGAAGUAGUUUCUCGACUCGUUAGCACUUCUGGGGAUGUAUGUACAAAUGGAAAAUGUGUCCCUUCAGGCUAAAUGUGCAUUUAAUUUACUUAAAUCAUUUAUGUAGAUGGUUUAUCUUUGAUACUUAAAUGUGCUAAGCACAAUACGACUCCUAUCCAUCCUUCGAGAACAUCCAGUUCCUAGGUGCGAUUUACAUAAUUCUCCUUCGGUCUUUUUUGUAAUCUCUUAGAAAGUCCGUAAGCACACCAGAUUCAUUUCAUAAUGCACUUUAUACCUGACAAACUGAAUACAGCACUGCAAAAUCCAAGUGCCGACUGCGGUUAGUACUUUCACUGUGAUAUUAUAUCUUAAUGGAGGAGCUUAAUGGAUUAACAGAAUGUCUCGUCGUAAUGCUAGUGCUGAGGGCACUGACCUACGAGAUCACAAAGCAAAAUCCUGUCAUGAUGUAAAUAAGUGUGUGAGGACCGAGGAAGACCGAAUCGGCAUGUUUCUCUCUUUAUUUGAAUGUAUAAUGAUCACCACGGUCUUAAGGACUGCAACAACACUGGCUGCUGCAGAGAAGUAUUUUCUAGAUUUUGUUUGUUCUGUACAGUUUGUAUCGAUUAAGGCACAUGCUUACAUUUGUACACAGUUUGUGGCUUCAUGACUUGCUAUCUACUGUUAAACACAUGGCUCAGGAUGUGUAUAGGGCACAAGAUCUUGGCUACACACACUGCACAAAGGUUUGAAGGCAAUCCUAGUAGACUGAUUUGAGUUCGAGAAAACAUGUGAAGUGAAUUUAAUAUAAUGAGAGACUUUUAUUUAUUUAAGCACUCUUUUGAUUUCUCUCUGCUAGUAUGUUAUUGCACGAGUAUUAUCUUUUUUGUUUAUCACUAGCCAUAUUCCAUUGAAGCACAAUACCAGAACGAAGUAGCAAGUUUUCAUUGUGAAUCUUCUUCGUAUUACCCGAACAUCGCUCUAAAUUAAGUUCGAUGCUUCCUGGCUUUGCAGAAAAGUGGGUCCCAUUUCCUGGAUCUGAUCAAGACAUGAGUGAAUUAGUUGAAUUGGUUCUACAAGAAUUUGUUUAUUUUAUUUAUUUAUUUAUUUAUUUUAAAUGUAGCACCAUUUCAGAUUUGUUCCACUACUUUUGUUGUUCAGUCCCUCCAGGAUUUCGCGAUCGCAGAAACGAACGCAAAAUCAAGUAAACUCGCCCAAUUUUCAGAGGAGCUUGCAAUUUUUCAAAACUACCACAGAUUUUCCACAGGUUUGUGCCAAGACGCGCCACGUGACUUCAUCACAACGCGCACUCAGCCAAAGCCCUCUUCAAUUCACAAUUUGUGAUAUUGCUAUUUUGGUAAUAGUAGUUUUACACACACACACAAAAAAAAAAACACACAAGCACAAAAACUGAACAAAUUGCUUUGCAGAUUUUGAAAAAAGUCGCCGCAAAUUCAAGCAUUUUUGGCCACAACCAUAACAAAAAAAAAAACCUCUGAGAAAUCCUGUAUGGACUGAAGGUGCUGAUGUUUUUGUUUAAUGUAGCGACAAGGACUUGCUGCAAGGAGUUAAAUAUCAGCGGAAGACACUCCUGUUCAUUAUGUAAAAUUUUCAUAUCCUGCAUUUACUUUUCUUCUCUUGGGUCAAUUAAAUCCAUGUCUUUGUCUCUGUAAAUGUGUAUGUGUGUUGUAUCGUGUGUAUAUUGUGUACGUACUAAAUCGUCACAAUCACAAUAUGCAUUCACUUUAAAAGGAACACCUGUACACGGGCCAGUUCAUGAAGCAGCAGUGCAGUGCGUAAAAUGCUUACAGAUACAGGUCAAGAGUUUCAGUUAAGUUCAUGUUCAUGUCCUGCAUCAGAAAAGGGGGGGUUGAAUCUGAUCUCAUGACUUUGAUCUGAUGUGAUCUGCUGCAAUUGUAGUCCAUCUGCAUCGACGUUCAACAUGUGCAUAUUGACCUGAGCAUUUUUUUGCUCAGUAUAGUAAAGAGUGGCUGUUUGAGUUACUGUAGCCUUUCUGUCAGCUUGAAACAGUCUGGCCAUUCCCCUCUCACACGUUUCUCACCAACCAGGUGUUUCCACCCACAGAAUUGAUGCUCAUUGGAUGUUUGUUGUCCCCCCGCCCCGCCCCGCCCCCACCCCGCCUGCGCAACUGUAGAGACUGGUGUGGCUGAAAAACCCAGGAGAUCAGCAGUUUCUGAAAUAUUCAUCCCGUUUGGCGUCAUACCAGCAACAAUCCCACAAAAGUCACCUGAUUACACCUCUUAUUCAAAAUCUAAUGUUUGAUGUGAACGUCACCAAAAGCUGCAACCUAUAUCUGCAUGACUUUACGCAUUACAUUGCUGUCACGUAAUUGCAUAAAGGUACAUGUGUUCCUAAUAAAUUGGUCGGUGAGUGCAUCUCUCGAUUUUGUGCUGCUGUAAUCCAUUUUAAUGUUUGUCAAGAACAUCGUCUCAGGCUUUCCUGUUCUUCCUCUGGAUACUUCCCAUAUUGAGCAAGUAUUACUCUUAAUUAAACACAAAGAAUGUAGUUAAAAGCCUCAAAUAUUAUUCCUUUCCCCCAUAUUUCUGUGUGUACAUACCGUAUUGCGGUGUUCCAUAACGAUAGACGUUAGCAUGAUGUAUAAUGUGCUUUGUGGUCUGUAUUAAUGCCAUGUCAUUCGCAGUGAAAGAUGAGCUAUGCUUGUAUAAUGGUUUAAGCUGUUGAAUGUACACUCCUCCGUAGAACUUUGAUUCUGACUGCCGUCCUUUUUGUUUUAGUUUCUUUGUGAGAUCAUUUUUACGUUUGUUCCAAUUUUGCUGUACCAAUUUAUAGUGACUUUUACUAAUAACAUUCUUCAUUUAAUAAACAAGAAAUGGUGAGAUUUGUGCCUUA